GUUGUUAAGAAUUCAAAAGCAUGAUUAAAAUAAACAAGUAAUUCUACCCUUUUGGCUUCUUUUUUAGCUCUUUGGCCCAAAUCUCAAAGACCAUAGAGAAGAGGGAGAGAGGGACCUGGUCAGCCAUGGAUUCCUUUGUUGUUUCAGGAGCAAAGGGGGCUGUUUUGGUGCUGUGAGAGGAGGAGGGUAAUGCAAGGGGUGAGGAGCUGAGACAACAAGCCAUGGAUCCUCCUUUCUCUGGAUUUGUACUUGAUCCAUCCAAGUGUCGAUUGCUGACCAUUGAGGAAAGGAGAGAUCUGAUUCAUGAGUUGGCAAAAUGGCCGGAGAGUGCUCCAGAAAAACUACAAAAAUGGAGCCGCAGAGACCUCUUGGAAAUCCUUUGUGCAGAGAUGGGAAAAGAGAGGAAGUAUACUGGCUUGACAAAGCAGAAGUUGAUAGAAUAUAUCUUCAGAAUUGUCUCAGAGAAGAAACCUGGUGAACAUGCGGAUGAUGUGGAAUCCACUCCUCACCCUCCCCCAUCCAACCAGCAGACUCAAUCAAAAAGACAACGAAAGAGUGAUCAUCCUUCUCGUCUUCCUGUUGGGGCAAACAAUCUCACAGCGAACAAUGAGAGUGAGGCUUUUAAUGUUGUUCGUUACUGCGCUAAUUUAGCUUGCAGAGCUACUAUAAACAUCAAGGAUUCGUUUUGCAAACGUUGUUCGUGUUGUCUUUGUCACAAGUACGAUGACAAUAAGGAUCCUAGCCUGUGGUUAGUUUGCAGCCCAGAGACACCAUCUCGGGAAGAUGCUUGUGGCAUGUCAUGUCAUCUUGAAUGUGUUCUUAAGCAUGAAAAAUCCGGCAUUUCACAGAGUGAUCAAUGUGCCAAACUAGAUGGGAGUUAUUACUGUGCGUACUGUGGAAAAGUGAAUGACCUGCUCGGAUGCUGGAGGAAGCAGCUAAUGAUUGCAAAGGAUGCGAGACGAGUGGAUGUGCUGUGUUAUCGCGUGUAUCUGAGUCAUAAGCUCCUCAACAUGACUGAAAAGUAUCAGAGCUUGCAUGACACUGUUGAUGAAGCUUUGAAGAAGUUAGAAGCUGAAGUCGGGCCACUUAAUGGUUUGCUGAACAUGGCGCGAGGGAUUGUCAACCGUCUUCCAGUUGGCGCUGAAGUACAAAAGCUGUGUGCUCGUGCCGUGGUGUCUCUUGACUCCUUGCAGUCCGCCAACCUGCCACCUGAUUCUCAGAUCCAGAAACCGGGAUUGAUGCUUCCAGACUUCAUUAAAGUCGAAGAUGUUUCAUCAACAUCUGUUACUGUUGUAUUGGGUUCCGAAGAUCGGUUGCCAUCAUCUCAAGAGUUAAUUAGCUAUGUGUUGUGGCAUAGAAAGGCUGAUGCAGACUACCCGGUGGAACCAGACUGCACCAUCUAUGAGCCUCAGAGAAGAUUUGUAGUUACCGGUCUCACUCCAGGUAAUGAAUAUGUGUUCAAAGUGAUUGCCUUUGGGAACACAAGGGAGUUGGACAAGUGGGAAAUCAGAGUAAAAAGUCAUCGACUUCCCAAAGAAAAUAGCAGCAGUGGCCUGUCAAACUCGAACCCAUCGUCGGAAGGAGAUGAAUCUAAUAAUACCAUUGCAUAUACAGACUUGAACAAGUCACCAGAUAGUUGUUUCGGUUAUAGUGAGAAGCCUGAGGUCCUUGACUUGGAGAAACUGCCGGAGGAUGUCUGCAAAGUUGAAGAGCAGUCAAAAAACUUGAAUGCUGCUGAGCCAGAGGGGCCUCUGAGGUUUUCGGUUUCAGCAUCGGCAUCAGCAUUAGAUGAAGAUCCCAAUUCAACUAUACAAACAGAGUCUCAAAGGGAUUCCGACCAGACGUCAGAUGUUCCAAAGUCAGAUAAUGAGUCCAAUGCUCCAAUUGGAAAUGAGAUUGUGGUUGCUCCUUAUCAACAAACUGAGUCCUCACUGCCUGCCACUCCCCGCUGGAUGGACACUCUCAAGGAAGGCUCAGGAAGACUUACAAAACCCGAAAAGGAGCCACUUGCUGGAAGUUCAUCAAAGAAGAGAGCUGGGGUGAAAUGCGAAGAAGUUUGUCCCAAAGAUGGAUUAUUAGAAGGAGAGUACCAGUAUUGUGUCAAGGUUAUCAGAUGGCUGGAAUGCGAGGGACACAUCGAGACUAACUUUAGAGUGAAGUUCCUCACUUGGUUCAGCUUGCGAGCAACUGCACAAGAGCGAAAGAUUGUCAGUGUUUAUGUGGACACUCUGAUCGAUGAUCCUGGAAGCCUUGCAGGGCAGCUCGUUGACUCCUUUUCCGAAGCUGUUUGUAGCAAGAGGCCUCUACAUGCACCAACCGGGUUCUGCAUGCAGCUUUGGCAUUGAUUCUUUUCUGCAAUCCAAUCGGUAACAUUUUGGCGCGAAUUCUUUCAAUGCAAGUUGACGAUGUUAAUUCUUCAUUAGGCAUUUGAUUUUACCGAUCGGCAAUUCCCUUUUAAUUUAUAAAAGUAGUUCAUUGACGUCUAAACCUUUAGUCUGUAACUUUGAUAGCUUCCAUUGAUUGAAGCUCUUGUUUUAUUUCUGUUCUAUCCUAACUUAUGAAUCUCUUUUAUGUUACUAGAAUUUUUAAUGAAUCAUUUCUUUCAGUAGAAUAAAUUGUUGGGGAUAACA